UCCGUGCCAGCGCGUCAUGCGAGUCGCUGGAAGCCGGAAGCAGGCAGCAGCUGUGACACCUGGGGGACUGCAGAUCCCCGGCGGCCCCGACACUGACAGGCCGCGCAGCCAGCGACGUUCUCCCCGGGACAGGAUGUGUGUACAACGGGACUAGCGUCCUCGGAAGCCUCCCCGCACCCCGGUACUCCGCUAUGGACAGUUCGCCAGGGAAGCCCCGGCUCCUGGGGGGGAUGAGGAGACAGCUGCUCGUCUACCUGCUGCUCCAAGCCUUAGUGGGGGCCACACAGGGAGUCAUGAGCAAAGAGGAGAAGGCGCAGCUCAGGAUACAAGUGCUGGAAAUGUUUGAUCACGCCUACGGCAAUUAUAUGCAACAUGCGUAUCCUGCUGAUGAACUUAUGCCUCUGACCUGCCGUGGUAGAAUACGUGUAGAACCGAGCAGAGGAGAUGUGGAUGAUGCUUUGGGAAAGUUUUCCUUAACUUUAAUUGAUACACUGGAUACAUUGGUGGUAUUAAACAAAAGUCAGGAGUUUGAAGACGCUGUUAGAAAAGUAAUAAAUGACGUCAAUCUGGACAAUGACAUUGUGGUGUCCGUAUUUGAGACAAACAUUCGAGUAUUGGGGGGACUUCUUGGAGGACACUCUGUCGCUAUCAUGCUAAAAGACAAGGGGGAGCGGAUGUUGUGGUACAACGAUGAGCUACUACAUAUGGCUAAAGAGCUCGGCUACAAACUUCUCCCAGCUUUCAACACUACAAGUGGUCUUCCAUAUCCAAGAGUCAAUCUGAAGUUUGGAGUGAGAAGGCCGGAAGCUCGUACGGGAACUGAGACAGACACGUGUACCGCCUGUGCUGGGACCCUGAUCCUAGAGUUUGCUGCGCUAAGCCGUUUUACUGGAAUAGCCAUAUUUGAGGAACAUGCACGAAAGGCCCUGGAUUUUAUCUGGGAGAAGCGGCAGCGCAGCAGUAAUUUGGUUGGUGUUACCAUAAACAUUCACACAGGAGACUGGGUGCGUAAAGACAGUGGAGUUGGUGCAGGCAUAGAUUCCUACUAUGAGUAUUUGCUGAAGGCGUACGUGCUACUUGGUGAUGACAACUAUUUGGAAAGAUUUAAUACACAUUAUGAUGCCAUUAUGCGGUAUAUAAGUCAGCCACCACUACUUCUGGAUGUUCACAUACACAAGCCGAUGCUCACAGCUCGUACGUGGAUGGAUUCCCUUCUUGCGUUUUUCCCUGGCUUACAGGUCUUAAAAGGAGAUAUAAGACCAGCUAUAGAAACCCAUGAAAUGUUGUAUCAAGUCCUAAAAAAACACAAUUUCCUACCAGAGGCCUUCACUACUGAUUUCCGAGUGCACUGGGCCCAGCAUCCAUUAAGACCGGAGUUUGCAGAAAGCACAUACUUCUUGUAUAAGGCAACCGGCGAUCCCUACUACCUAGAAGUUGGGAAAACAAUCAUUGAAAAUCUGAACAAAUAUGCGCGUGUCCCAUGUGGAUUUGCAGCUGUAAAAGAUGUGCGGACUGGAAGUCAUGAAGACAGGAUGGACUCCUUUUUCCUGGCAGAGAUGUUUAAAUACUUGUACUUGCUUUUUUCGGAGAGGGAAGACCUUACCUUCGAUAUAGAGGACUAUAUUUUUACUACAGAAGCUCAUCUAUUACCGCUCUGGUUAUCCACGGUAAAUCACACAGAAGGGAAGAGAAACAAAACUACCCAGUACACAGAGCUUGAUGACAGCAACUUUGAUUGGUCCUGUCCAAAUACACAAAUUCUCUUUCGUAAUGAUCCUUUGUAUGCUCAGAGCAUCAGGGAACCCUUAAAAAAUGUGGCAAAUAAGAACUGUCCCCGUACCACUUCACGGUUAGAUGAGAUUUCCAGCAACGGGAUCAGGCCGCCAUUACGUGCCAGGGAUUUUAUGGCUAGUAACCAAGAACAUUUGGAUAUCCUGAAAAAGAUGGGUGUAAGUCUGAUACAUCUGAAAGACGGAAGAGUUCAGCUUGUCCAGCAUGCCAAUCAGGCCGCGAGUUCUAUAGAUGCAGAAGAUGGUUUGCGCUUUAUGCAGGAAAUGAUCGAACUUUCCAGCCAGCAGCAGAAGGAGCAGCAGCUGCCGCCACGUGCGGUGCAAAUAGUGUCUCACCCGUUUUAUGGAAGAGUGGUAUUAACCGCAGGGCCUGCACAGUUUGGAAUGGAUCUAUCCAAGAAUGUUGCUGGGUGUCGUGGAUUUGUAGCCAAAUCUGAGCCUUACAGCGGCUGCUCGGAGAUCACCAAUUCUGAUGCCAUCAGAGGGAAGAUUGCUUUGAUGCAGCGAGGACAAUGUAUGUUUGCUGAAAAGGCUAGGAACGUGCAGAAAUCUGGUGCUAUUGGAGGAAUUGUUAUAGAUGACAAUGACGGUAGCAGCAGUGAUACAGCUCCGCUAUUCCAAAUGGCCGGUGAUGGGAAAAACACGGAUGACAUAACCAUCCCCAUGUUGUUUUUAUUCAGCAAGGAAGGAAAUAUAAUUCUUGAUGCAAUUCGUGAAUACCAAGAAGUGGAAGUUCUUCUCUCUGAUAAAGCCAAAGACAGAGCCACUAUAUUUAAAGGUAAAAUAGUUCCAAACUACAUUAUUGAGAGCAAUUUAGAAGGUGAAAACGGAGAACAGAGGUCUUCCGAAAACGACUCUCAAAAGCAAGUUUCGAAAGAACAAUCGAUACCUCAGGAGGAGCUGGUGAACACAAAGGACUCUGAAGGAGAUUCCUCACCGAUAUCUCAGGUUGAUGUUCUCCAUUCCUCUGAUAGAGACCAUUCACUUAACCCUACAGAUGGAGAUCCCUUACCGGAAACUAAGCCGCCCCACAGCGAAAUUAGUCCGGAUUCACAGACUCCAUCAGAAAACCCAGGAGAACCCGAGGAGGAGAGGUGGGACAAUAAAGUUCAACCUAUAGAGUCCAUAUUGGCCGACUGGAAAGAAGAUAUCGAGGCGUUCGAAAUGAUGGAUAAGGAUGAACUAUGACCAAAAAUGUUUUUCGGAACUCCUAUAUACACUAUAGAAAGGUUAUUACCGCCUUCCCUAAGGGAAAGAGCUCAUUGCAAACAGCUAAUGUGAAGGAGAAUUACUUGGCAUCGUCUUUAUGUAGAUUUUUUUUUUAAUUUCCUGAUGGAUGCACAGUCUCCAUGGCAUGUCCAUUUCAAAUGUCGUGAUGGAUCCUGUGACUCUUCGGUUCAAAAAAAAAAAAUUAAGAGUAAAGAUGAAUUUUUCUAUUUUUAUGAUCUACUAAGGGCUUUGUCUCCAGUAAGAAAGUGAAUGCCUAUACUGUGGUUUAUUUUUAUUUUUUAUUUUUUUUUUCUCUCUCAAAACACUUUCCAUUCCCUUCACUAAAAUUGAAACUGUGGGGUAGAGGACGUGGUUAGGUUUAUUUAUUUAAAAAAAAUAAUUACAUUUGCUUAAGAAUAAGAAUUUCACAGCCAAAUUAAAAGCGUAGUCAGGGGGGGGGGAGGGGGUGUUAAUAUUAGAUAUUAACCUAAAUGCAUAUUUAUUACGAUGGUGAAUUAAGCCUUUAUGUUUUUUUUUGUUUUUUUUUUCCCAGCGGUCUUUGCAAUAAGUCAAGUAGAUGUUGGAUAUAGGGACCAGUUUUUCUCAUAUUCGUCUUUUUUGCAUAUCAUCAGUUCAUUCGUUUGAAGCCAUACUUUGCCGUGUUCUUCAGAACGUUGCCUUUCCCGAUCAACAUGCAACACGUUUUUUGGACAAAGGCAUUUUUAAUAUAUUUUACAAAGUCAUAUAACAGUGGUUUUAAAGCAGCGGACCACCAGCUGUUGCGAAACUACAACUCCCAGCAUGCCCGGACAGCCAUUGGCUGUCCGGGCAUGCUGGGAAUUGUAGUUUUGCAACAGUUGGAGGUCCACAGUUUGAAGACCACUGUCGUACAACCUCCAAAAAAUCCAUCCCCUUGUGUAGGUGACCAUCACAGGAGAAUAGGAACAGCGCUAUCGAAGAGUAUUAGAAAUUUUGGCAGGGGAUGGUUUGUUUUUCAGGUGUUUAUAUUUAAAUGUUUACACAUCCUCUGCAGCCUCUAUAAAAAAAAAAAAAGUAAUCUAAUUGUAUGUGUAGCAUUGCUAUUAAAAUAAUGGUGCCAUCCAGACUUCCCCAUAAAUGUGAAUUCUUCGACUUUUUAGGUUAAUACCAGAUUAUCUUCACUUAUACAGUUCUUUAGGGGGGGUUACUGGUUCUCAUUAGGGAGAUCCACUAUGCAGAGCAGUGCUUCUUGGGAAAAGGUAUGCAAAUUGGUUCUCCUGGGAUAAAACCUCUCUAGUGACAUCUAUAGGUAGCUAUGCUGUAAGUCAAUGUCUAACUCAUUAAGAAGCCUUUAUGGGGUCCUCCACCGAAUAGGGAAUAACAUGUCUGAUUGUAGGGGUCCGCCCGCAGGGGACCGCCGUGAUCUCUGCCACUGCACCCAAGUUAUCCGAUGCACGAAGCAAACUCAGCUCUGUGCAGGAUGACUGGCGAUCACAGCCGCUACGCCACCUCCAUUCAUGUCUAUGGGAAGGAGGCGUGACAGCCGUGUACUAUCCGCCAGGCCCUCUCCCAUUGAUAUGAAUGGAGGGGGCGUGAUGUCACGAUCACCGAAGCCCCGGGCUUCCGUGAGUGUAACGCUGCAUCGCCGGCCCAGAGAUCGCGGGGGUCCCAGCGGCCAGACUAUGCUGCGAUUGGAUAGGGGGUAACACAUCUAGGGGCGGUGUACCCCUUUAAACCAUGUCUCAGGAUUUAGCCAAAUCAGACACUCGUCAUUAGACAGUUGUUUCAGACUUCUUGCCCCUCCAUAGUAUAGAGCAGGGUACUGUUUGGCUAGAAAAGAAGCCUUUUAAGGGUGCGUUCACACGCUAGUAACUAGCAGCGGGUUUCCCGCUGUGAGUUACGUUAUCAUUCAUUUGAAUGGGUCCGCAGACAGUCCGCAAAUCUGACGCUAUUGCGUCUGUGGACCCAUUUAAAUCAAUGGUAGCGUAACUCGCAGCGGGAUUCCCGCUGCUAGUUAUAGCAUGUGAACGCACCCUAAAUGUGCCCGAUCACUUAAAAAAAAUAAUAAUAAUAAUAAUUGUAUAGAUAUGUCAAAACUUUUGAUCACUCAGACCCUGACCGAAUGCUAAAAUAUGUUGGGAGAAGAGCGUGCUGACGAGACAAACUUAGGGAUUGUCUCGGUCAGCACACGCCCUUUCUAAUGAUCGGUGGGGAUCUGAACACUCAGACCCCGACCCAUCAAAAUGUUUCACUUGUCUCUAGGACAUGCGAAAAGUUUUUUUUUUUUUUUUUAAGUAAGAGGUACACUUUUAAGAACCAGUACCCUCAUUGAGGAGGUGCAGCUGGUGUAUGGAGUCUGUAUGGAUUGGACAUUAACUUAUAGGAUCGCUACUCAUCGGUGGGGAGGAGCUUUCUUGCUUCCUUGCUUAUACAAAUUUUACAAAUUUAGCACCAUCAGGAUAUUUUGCAUGUUAACUGGUUUGUACAAAAACUUUUAAAACCGUUGCUGUAAUUUUAGAAAACUUUGCAAAUUGUGAUGACAAAACUAAUCCAAUUUUGAAAAACAAUUUCCUUCCCAAAUUUAAAGUAUUCGAGUUUUAUUGUUUUGGACUUUUUGAUAGUGGUGGUGUAAAGUUGUAUACAUUUUAUUCAUUUUAAACCUAACUGCAAAAAAACUGGAAAAAAAAAAAGUGCUUCUGCAUUUUACCCCAGGAUCUUGUCCCCUACUUUAUGUCUUGUAAGCUGCCAACUAGGAAGGAGAUUUAUCAAGCUCCGUAGUAGAUUUUUUUUUUUGCAUAAAAAAAAGUCGUACAUACUUGCGCACGUGCGACUUUUCUAUACAUGCUCUGACUUUUUGAUUUUUGCUUAUUCCAAAGCACGUUUCUGAAAUCUGCUCAUGUAGUAAUACAUUUAUUUUUUUUUUACUUUGCAGUGGUCAUGUAUUUAUCAAAUGCGAUAAUUGCUAUUUAUGAAGAGAAAAAGUCUCAUGUGUAUUCCAGGUCCAACCUGGCUUGCAGAAAGUCUGCAGAAAAGGACAUUAACACCCACUUUAACAACUGUUCUUGUUCUGCUUCAUGAAACAAAGCUACUACAUUAAUGUUAAUUAUCCCCAAAAAUGUAUUAUAUAACUAAUAACUCAAUUAAAAAGUUGAAAAUACACACUGCACAUAAUUUUAGGACACGUACAUGCUCGCGUACCCACUACAUUUUAAAAUUAAUGUUGUGUUAAAAUAGAAUAAGGCACAAAAUAAUUGUGUAAGAAUUUUUACAGACUAUGUAAAUAACCCAUAUGUGGCAUUAAAAUUGCUCCUUAAAAAAAAAAAGAAAAGAAUCAUCCAUAGUAAUACAGCUUCAGAUUUCGCAGAUGCAGAUUUUGGGGUGUGUAAUAUACCGUUUUUUUUUUUGUUUUUUUUUUUUGCGUGGCUUCACUAUUGUUUUUGUGCCUGUUGGUGCUGCGCUGUCUUCCUUCCUGACGUAAACUCCAGCCUCAGCGCAGCGACACAAGACUCCGCCCACCAACAUUACAAAAUGCGGGCUCAAAAUUAAACAAAAAAGCCUCUAGAGUACGGAUAUUCAUGGUGUGGCAUAGUGUGCUUUUAAUAUUUAUUUAUUUCAGAGGAGGGUGGAUGGGUUGUACCAUGAUAGUGGAAGUGCAGCUAUUUAGUGCCAGGCCAGCCAGUCAGGGUGUCACCCGAUGCGGUACGUGUCCCCCCCCCCUCCCCAUCGCUCUCUAGCAACGCUACUGAUAAUAAAGGGUAGAUAAAGAACUUCGGCUAUUAACAUAAGGGAACAUUUUUCUGCUUUCAGAAAUGCUUUUGUAAGCGGGUUUCCCAGGUUUUGCUUACGUGCGAUUUAUUUAUCAAGGUUGUGCGACUAUUUGAUAAAUAGGUCGCAUGUAAGCAAAAGUAAGUUAGUAAAAAAUUGUCAUAUAAAAGCCAUACGUGUGAAAAGAAUGAUAAAUCUCCUUCUAGUUGUAUUUCAGGGACAAAGGGUGUCUAUAUUUAUUUUAUUUAUUUUGUCUUUCACCUUAAUCUUAGCGAAGGACCAUAAUCAGUGACUACCAGACGUCCACAUUGGGAAACCUUCCAACAGAUUCUGAUAUUUCAGCCCCUGUAAAUGGGACUGAUACAAAAAGGUAAAACUCUUCUGUAGUGAUGUUGAAUCUAUCUUUAGGGUACGUUCACACAUACAUAAUCCACUGCGGAAUUUCCUAUUCACUUCACUGGGUCUACAGUAAAUCUGCAGUGGUGUUUACACAGCAGACAAAUCGGCAGCAGAUUCUGUGUGUGAAUGUGCCCUUAAAUAUUAACUACAACAUUUUAGACAAAUAACUAUAGAGCAGCUACUGUUCACUAUAGUAAUUUUUCUAAAUGACCUGAACAAAGCGCUUUACCAAGUGCCGUAAAAUCGCAUUACACAGUCUUGUGCUUUGUACGGUUACCUAGAAGCUAGAGCAAGUGGCUCAGCUUCUAAUGGCAAGUUACGAGCGGCAGUGAGGAGGUGGGAAAUGGCGCUCUGUUUAGGUAUUUUUGCGCCAAUUUUAAUAUGAAAGUAAUUUAGGAAAAUGACUGUAGUGCUCAGUUCAAAGAGGGGAAUUUAUCAAGCUAUUUAUGCCCUAUGUACAUAUGCUUGCCACUAUUCAAAAAGUGUCGGGUGGGGUGUCAAGAGGGCCUGUCAGCAGUGGCCUGCCAGAUUUAUUAAGAUGUACACCAGUGACCCGGCAUAAAUACAGCUAUAAUCUACACCAGCUUGGGGCGGGCGUAGAUUUCCCUAUGCUGCGUACGGCCCUGUCACUAUACAGUAGGCCUUGACAAAUCUGCCAAGAUGUGCAGUAGAAAAAGUUUACUUUAGACCAGCAUGAGAUACACCGGUCACCAUAUACAACCGCUAUGACCAACACCCCCCCCCCCCACCCCACACACUGGUGCCAGAAAGUUAAACAGAUUUGUAAAUUACUUCUAUCAGAGGAAAUUCUUUUACUUUUUUAAUUUCCUUUUUGUGUUGUCCACAGUGCUCU